GAUAGCCGAACAAUAUGUCACUAUCGCUUGACCACUGAGUUAGUAUAAUAAUAUUGCCGACGACAAAUGACUGAUAUUCCUGAUUUUAAAGUGCAUACAAAUAUUAUUAUGAAAACGAACACACCUAAGUAAGUAUUUAAAGUAUUAGCCUCGACUAGACAGUUUAAUUUUUUUUUUUCUAUUGCAAUUGUAUAACCUUCGGUGAAAAUACAACUCCGACUUCUCAAUAAGUAAGUAUGAUAUGUGUAAUUUUUGUAUCUAUAUUUAUACAUUAUACUAAAAGCGAGACCGGAUUAAGGGUUCUACGGGCCCAAGAGCCAAACUUCAAAAACUCGAAAAUCGGCCGUCCUAAUAUAAAUUGAAAAUUCAAGAUAAAAAACGACGGAUCUACUUCGCACGUGGUUGGGGGCCACUGUUGAAGGUGAGAAGUUGGAAAGGUAGAGGGGAAAUUUAAUGUAUAUCUAUAAACAACGAUUAACAAUUUCUAACGAAAAACAUUUUUAGUCUCUGCAAAUAUUUUUAACUAAAUUACAAUAAAUAACAAAAUUGAAAAUAAUAAAAAAUAUUAUUUUCGUAAAUUUCCCAUUUUUCUUACGCUUCAUCCUGGGUUUUCUAGGUUUUCCCAGAUAUUAUGAAAACCGUUUGGAAAAUCAAAAAAUGACAUCCUUAGAGUUCCAUCUAGCCAAUAUUUCCUUUCAGAAAUGAUAUCACAUAUACAUAUCGAAUCAAGAUUUCUGAUAGAAUUUGUGUACACAGUAUAAAAAAAAUAAACAUCAUAAUAAAACCAAUGCAUUCCUCGCUUCCCUCAGAAUCUAAAAUAUAAGUAAUGACAGUGGAUUUUCGAUCCCCAAGAUCAUAUUAUAUCCUAAUAAGUUAACGGAUGAGUAAUCAAUAAUUUAAUACUAAGAUUUAUUGUUUCCCAAUAUUGGGAAAUUUUCAAUAUUUUUAUUUUCGCCUGCAACGUGAAAAAAACAAAAAAAUUAUAAAAUUUUAAAAUGAUUGAACAAAUGGAAACAAAAAUUGAACCUAAAUAUAUAUUUUUAUUAUAAUAAUGAUUGUUUUAUUUCAGGAGGACGUAGUUACGGCAAUUCGGUGAAGAUGUUGAGUUGGAGACAACCAACAAAGUUCAAAUAUCAUUGGAUGCAUUUACUUACAAAUAGAUUAUGGCUUGCAGUCGUGAUAGUACGUACUUAAUAUAUUACCACAUUGUACAUUAUUAAAACGUAUGACCCUUAUCGUAUACAGAGUGAUUAGUUUGUAAUUUACUGUGAUUAUCUGUACAAAGACGUCAAGUAAAUUUCAACCGAUUGUUUUUUAUAGACAUGACAAUUUACUGCACUACAAAUAUUAUACAAUGUAAAUAUUAAAUUAACGUUGUAUUUUAGUUAGUGUUUAAAUGUUUAAAAAAUAAUAUUAUCUCAGUUGACUAUAGACGUUAUAUUUCUAACGUUAAAAUAUUACCUAUACUAAAAAAUGUUAUUGGACAUUUAAUUUUAUAAUGUCAAAUUAAAAUAACUUAAAAAUUAAUUUCAUAUGUUAAAUUUAGUGUGAAUGCCCCUUAUCAAUGACAUGGACCGAGAGUAUAACCAAAAAAAAAACUGUUUUUAAUCAUAGUCUUCCGUUGUUGGUGAUGAUAUUUAAACAUCACCAAGGUGAGAAAUUUAGCCCCCAUGUAACACACACUUCAGAAUAUUUUGAAAUAUUAAUUUACUUUGUUUUCAUUAGACGUUUAUAAAAAUAUAUUAUUUAUUAUUGAAACAACAUUAUUAUUUAGGUUAAAUAAUCAUAUUUAAAUACUUAUUUAAGAUUAUUUUAACAUAAAAACAAUGAUAAUUUUAUAAUAAAUAAAUAUUUAAGAUUUUAUAAUUAACAUAAAAUCAAGAUUACACUGCUAGGAUCUUAUAUAUUUAUUGCGAGUUUUUAAAACUGUACCCUACUUAUUCCGUAUGCUAUCCAUUAACACGGGUGACAACUUUUGAUCUACCAAUAAUAUAAUAUCAUUAUUAUAUUAAAGUAAACAAGAAAUGCACUCGAAAUCUUUUGUAUUGACAAUUUCUGCAUGGAUCGCGAUAAAAUAAUCUCUCUCUUCGGUUAACAGUCCGUGGGCUGGUUGGCAACAUUCCUCCAUUCUUCCCACUCCUAUGCUGUCCUUUUUCAAUCAUAAUUAAUUCCGCAUACUAGAUCCCUGACUACUUGGCCUAUAUUAUCUAGAGGUGGUCUUCAUUUACUGUUCUGAUAAAAGAAUCGCUCUGUAUUUUAUCCGGGUACACUAGUCGGUACAGAUGUUUAAAUAUAAUGUCAUCACGACGUCAAUUUAAAUGUACAAUAACAACUAAAAGUAUUAUUAUUUUAAACGCAGUAUUAAUUGAAUUGUAAAAGUGAAAAUUAAUUGCACAAUAAAUAUAAUCUUAAAGCAAUAUACAUACACACAUUAAUCAAUUUGUUGAUAAAUCAGUUGAAUCAUAAUAAUUAUAUUUAGUUAAAUUACACAAUAUUUUCCGCAUACAAUUUAAUUCCGAAUAAAAAACUUAAAAUAAUGUUGGUGCGAGUAUUUUUGACUAUAAAAACCUAGUAUCGGUUUACCUCGAAAAAAGUAUAUUAUCGUAUAACAGUCUAUGAUAAAAAAUUAAAGAAUACAGAUUGUAGCACAAUAAAUGCCAUAUCAUUCGUAAAGAAAUUACCUAGGUAUACACAUGAUUUUAAUCGUAAACAAUUUCAAAUUUUAAUCUAUAAUUUCUACCGUCUUUUUGAGUAAAUUAGAUAUAAAUUGAUACGUUCAAUAUUCAAAAUGAGUAAAAACUCUAAAAUCACUUUUAAACAUAUUCUUAGAUUCGAUAGAUGACUAUACAUUAACAAUAACGGGGGAUAUAAUACAGAACAACCAUGGUCCAUAAAUAAACUGUACAAUUUUCUUUUGUUAUCUCUAAAUUGAAAACGAGAAUCUAAAAACCGGAUCUAAAAAAUCCAAUUUUUUUUUCAAUAAAGUAACCUUUUAUCCUUGUAAUUCGGCUAAAAUAAAUAAUUUCAGGAUAAAAUAACUGAACAAACACUUGUUGUUUUAUUUUUAAAUCAUAUAUAUCAUAACCUCCCUCUUCUACGCCCGCCACCGAGGACGAUAUAAACUGAUGUGAAUUCAAUGUUACAGGUAGCGAUUGCGUGCGACUGGGGAAUGAUAGGACAGGUCCGGUCGGCGAUAACCGAACCGAAGAUCGAUAGCGUAACACAGUCCAACCGGACGGUUUGCAAGUCGCGUAAAACAUGCGUGGAUUGUACGUCCUUGGCUCCGGAUUGCCGAUGGUCGUUGGUCAAGCAAUCUUGUAAAGACACUCUGGCGGUGCUCGCGGUAACCACCGAGGCAAUGACGGUGACUUCAGAAGAAUAUAUAAUGCUGAAGCCAAUUGCAAAUACUGUGCUGAUGCUAGAGACGAAUAAAGCGCUGUCGUCAGAGGCGAAUACGAUGGUGACGUCAGAAUCGAUAGAACAAGUCACCGCGGCGAACAACUUAUCUACGGAAAACCUGUACAGCAUUCUACCACAGCAACCACUGGAGAUCGGAGACGCCGAGUCGUGUCCCACGUUCACCGUCAGCUACAACAAAGUGGUAUCCAAAGAGUACAUGGUCCAGGUGGUCAAAGUGGAUGUCGCCAACGAUCCGGCAGCCGGCGAUUUGGCGACACUGCUCAACCAGACUAGGAUCGACUGUUCGCUGAACGGAAAGGAAUUUUUAGGCGCGACGGCCGAAGGCGGUCGCCAGAUCCUAUGCAACACGACCGACACAAAGUUUGAAUACGAGCGACGGAUGGCGGUCACGGAUCAACCGUCCGCCAUCACGUACUUUUCGGCGUCUAUGGAUGGAGUACCGUUAGAGUUUAACCACGUGCAAGACCACUAUCUGACUGUGUACCAGAUCGGCGACUGUCGCGUGGUAGCGAAUCCCUUAGACACCAAGUGCGUAAGCUGCUUUUGGGAUGACGACGUGUACCGGUACUACUGUCGGAUGUGCAUUCAAAACGACGAUUGUAAUGGACAGUACGAAUACUGCGACAUCCGGUGGCUUAACAACUUCACCGUGGCCAAUUCCGUUGACGAAGUGAUUAUCCGGUGUCCCGACAUCAAAAUCGAGUCCAUAGACCCCUUGUACGCGCCUUGGGCCGGUGGCACGAGCGUCCAGAUCACUGUCACCAACCACAAGAUACUGCAGAUGAACAAGGUGAUCGUGGUGACAGUGGCUGGCCACCGGUGUCUUUUGCCGACCACGUCCGUGGACGGUACUCAGAUUUCGUGCAUGAUAGGGCCCACCAACAUUAGUCACCUAAACGACGGUCCGGUGGAGGUAUCUUACGUAUCUGAUAUUAAAAAAUCUUCGCUGCCCAUCUUGACUCUGGUGUCUGACCAAACGUUCUAUUUCGUCGAGCCCGAGAUCGCGAGCGUGCAGCCUACGUGCGGACGCAUGGCCGGCGGCACGCUAAUCACCAUUAGAGGGAACUUUUUGAACGCCGGUAACUCGGUGCAGGCGUUCAUCGGCGAUAACAUAACGUGCGAUAUCACUGCCCGCAGCCAAAACGAAUUGACGUGCAUAACGGGCCCCAGCGAAACGCCAAUCAAAGGCUCAGUGAGACUCGAGUUCGACCAAUACCUGAAUCAUGACACGGCACAUACCAUUAUGUUCGAGUACACGGGCGAACCUGCCGUGGACGCCAAUCAGACGUUCAGGGGCAUCGCCACGGGCGGUACUCGGUUACCAGUCCACGGCCGGUACUUUAAGUGCAUCGAACACCCGUUCAUCUACGUGAGCUACAAAGGCAUACAGCACACGGGAACGUGCAAUGUUAAAAACGACACGUACAUGGAGUGCAGGUCACCUACUAUCAACCGACCGGCCCCGUACAUGGUGACGGAUGUCAAGUUCGGUUUCCAAGCGGACUUCGACAAGACCAUACUGAAGCUGGUACCACCGUCGGGCUCGCCCGACUACGAGCUGUACCCGGACCCGGUGUACACAGACUUCGAAACGGACCGCACAGGCCGGGUAGUGACCAUUAACGGCCUGCAUCUGGACCAGGGUUACCACCUGGCCGACGACCUGUCCAUCCGGUUACAUAACUCCACGAUCGCGUGCAACGUCACCUCCGUUAAAUCACGGAGCAUCGUGUGCCGGACGCCAACAUCCCUGCGACCAUUGUCGUUACCGUCAUCGUUGGGCAAGGGCGUCAGUGACAGUGGCAACACGAUGGACCAUGACGUGAUCGUCGUAUCGUUCGGUGACAAGCUCGUGUACGAAGUCAAAAGGAAAACCCCGCUCCCCUACAGUAGGAAUGGUCCGCUGAACCUCACCGUUCUAUUCAGUGGUAUCACCAUCAUCUCGUUGGUCAUCACGUUCGUUGUGGCCAUCGUGUAUUGCAUGAAAAUCACUCUGUUGGCAUCCACCCAACAGACCGAAAUGCAGUCGUUAUGCGAACAACAGCACGACAACUCUACGACGAUCGUGGAGGACGACAAGGAAACGGUACACAACUGUAAAACAUAACCAUAAUAUAAAUAGUGUAGGCUACUAUAUAAUAUUAUUACAUUCGCUAUGAACUCGCGGUUAGGUUUACGCAAUUAUAGAUUAAGUGAAAAUGGUGACUUAUUCUGUUUUAAACUUAUUUGUUUAAAUGUGUGCAGAGAAAAGUAAGUAGGUAUGCGUAUAAGUAUAACUAUUUGAUUUUGCUCAUAAGAUAAUUAAUAAUUACGAUUUUUUUUUUUUUUGUGUGUAUCGAAAUAUUAUAUUAUAACCUAUACUGGCUCUACUUAUUAUAAAUGAAAAGUUUUUUCAGUACAUUUAUUUACAUAUGAAAAACUAUAAUAAUUACAUAAUGAAUUGAAUUAAAACCUAAUUGAUGUAAGUACCUAUACCUGUAAUAUUAUUUUGAAUAUUUUGUCUACUUAUAUAGGUACAUAUUUAUUACAAUCGAAAGUAACUACGUUACUUAUAUCUACAUGUAUAAAAUUAUAACCGAUGGUGUGAAUAAAUAAAUUGAUAUUUUACUAACUACGUAUAUUUCAUGAUAUUUACCAGUAUUACAUUAUUAUUAUAAUCAAUAAAAUAUUUUUUGAGAUGAUACUAUAUUACUUACUAUAUUAUUAAAUUUGUCUGCUAUUCGUUUCAUUUC